UCUCGUUUGUUCUCGCGAGAUUAUGAACAGUCUCAUGGUAAAAGUCACGUGGUUAUUACCCGCGGUUUGAGUCACGUGGUCACAGUCAUGUGACUAUGAUGUCAUAGAGAAUUUUGGAGAAGAAAGAUGGGGUGGAUUCUUGAAGAAAACUUGAGUUUUUUCAAGAGGAUGGGUCUUGGUCCACACCCCAGGGUUUGAACAACAUGGCGACGUUUGUUCUCUGAGAGAAGAAGCCUUACAACUCAGAUGCGUACGUUGAUCGGAGAUUUUCACCCCCGAGAGAAGAAAAUUAUUUCCUCUUAUUCUUUUCUAUACACCUCUCUCAUAUAGUCUUGCGCAAUAUUUGAUAGAUUUUGGUUGACGAUUUCUCGGCGAUUCACGUGGAAGCGAAGCCAGUAAGGCCGGAAGGUCAGGGAAGAAACACUGUAAAGACUGUUGAACUUGGACAUCUAACAAGUCACACACAACUCAUCCAAAUAGCAAACAUGCCAGAGGAAGAAGAUAAGAUGAAUCCUUACGAGUUCCUCAAGGGUCUGUCUCAUCUUCUGGGGGAAGAAGGAGACAUCAAAAGCCCUCAGGAAGUCCUCAAAGUAGUCACAGAAAUGAAGGCUACUAAGAAGCUAGUAGGAAGAUGCUGUUAUCUCAAUAUUUUGAGGGCAACGAAAUCACCAGAGACAUUGUCAAAAUUUGUCGAGAUUGGUGGUUGGGGAAUUAUGAACUCUUGGCUAACCGAUGCCAAGGACACAAAUAACGUUCCACUUCUACACGAAGUACUCAAGGUUCUCAAGCACAUGCCUGUCACGAUAGAGCAGCUUAAAAAGAAUAACACUGCCAAAGUUGUGAAACAGCUUAGCAAAACAUCAGAUAAUGAAAAAACCAAGAGUAUGGCCAGUAGUUUAGUAACAUACUGGAUGGACAUGAUCCAUGCCAAGGGCAAGGGAGGCGCUGAAAAGCCCAACAAAAAACACCACCACCACAAGAGACAUCACGAAGAUACCAAAGACUCAAAAACCUCUGCAGAAAAGACUGCAACGGAACCAGAAAAGCCUAAGAAGGCCAGGUCUACUAAGGUUAAAACUCCUGCAUUUGCUAAGAUGAGAUCAACAGGACUUGAGGAGGAGACCAAAUUGCCGGCUCCUGUUAAGAAGUCUGGUUCUAUAGACAAGAGACCAGGUAGUUCUAUACCUGCAGCCAAGAGGCCGAGCUCUCCCUUAGACAAGCUGUUAACACCACCAGAGAAGAAGCACAGACCUCAGCCUCUAAACAGAACUACAAACUCACCGGUACAGGCCAAGGUCAAAAUCAUCCCAGCAAAACCUUUCGUUGCCAUGGAUGACACAGGCUUCAUGGAAGCUUUAAGUGCCAAUACUGCAAAGUCCCAUGUUAUCAAGGUCAAGAAGAAGCCUAAGAAUGCCAAACCAGGAACCCCCACCUCCCCCACUGCCCCCAAGGGGAACCCCCUGGGUGGGGAUGACAAGCCCAGGACACCCUCCCCUGUAGAUGGAGAACUAAAAGACGAGAGACCGGGCACUCCCAUUGAGGAGGCUAUGGAUAGUGACUUCCACAAGCCAACUAAGGCAGAAGAGGCCGAAAGGAAAGCAGAAGAAGAUCUGGAGCCCCCCGAGCCAUACAAAGGAGGGAGCAUCCUCGUCUCAGCCAGGAGAAAGAACAGGAGGAAAAAGUCUGUCAAAUGGGCCGUGGAUGAUGCCAUAAAGGAGGUGUUCUAUUUCGAGAUGGAUGAAUCUGAGAGAGCCAAUGUGAACGUGCAGAACUUCCAGGAGGCUGCCCACAGGGAGAUGUUACUGGAGAGACAGGCCAUGGAGACUGCCAAGAGACUCAGUGCAGAUGAAAUGAUAGAGAAGAAAGGAUGGAAGCCUCCACCAAGGAUAGACAUCCCCCCAUCCACUGUAGACUUUGGCUACCAGAGUCUACAGAGAGACAUCCAGAAGGAGCGGGAACAGUGUGUGCUGCAAGAACUGUUCUUCUCUAAGUCUAGUCUUCCAGACAGUCCUCAUGAGCCUGACCCUGAGCCCUAUACACGGGAAGAACCCAAGAUCAUACCGCUGGAUGAGGAAAUGGUGCCAGAAGUGGAUUUCUUCGAGCCACCCCCAUUCCAACCCACAGCAGAGGAGGAGGAAAUGCUUCAGAGACCGCCCCCUCAACAACAUCAACAACAACAACAGCAUCAGAUGUUGCCAGACCAGGGGGGUAUGAACCCCCUGGCUGGGGUUAACCUGCCCCCUGCCCUGGCUAAUCUCAUGCAGUCCAUGCAGAAGAAACAAACACCAACAUCACAGUCACAGCCCCAACCUCAGACUUCACAGGCCAACCCAGGCUUCAACUUGUUAUCCUCACUCAUGGCUCCAGUAAUACAGAAGUUAUUGAGGAUCCACAUCAGCUGUAGACAGGGAGGAGAACACCCACCUGCUGACCAGAGCCCUAACCAGGACCCAGAACUGUUAACCACCCAGCUAAAGGACAUCCUCAACAAAGUACAGGGGGGUCCAGCAGGGAUGGGGCCACCAGGUGGUCCACAAGGGCCAGGUAUGCACCAGAUGCCAAUGGACGGACAGCCAGGCCCCAUGGGUAAUGGCAUGCCGCGAGGAGGUCCGUUUGACCACCAGGGGCCAAUGGGACCAGGGGGGCCGCAGAUGGGGCCUGGCCCUUUUCCAGGAAACCAGAAUGGCCCACCACCAUUUGGUCCUGACGGGGGACCUCCACCAUUCCAAGGGGGGCCGCCAAACAGAGGACCUCCCCCCAUGAUGCACCCCCCUGGCCCAGGGCCACAGUGGCCUGGCCCAAGGGGGCCACCCAGGGGGCCAAUGCGGGGCAGACCAUUCCAGGGUAGAGGGAGGGGUCGAGGCAGAGGUGACAGAUCCCACAUGCCAGUAUGCCGCCACUUCAUGUCUCAAACCGGCUGCAGAUUUGAGGGCAGCUGCACCUUCUACCAUCCAGGUGUCAACGGUCCCCCUCUCCCCCCUCAUUAACAGAUGCCCUCCCUCCUACGCAAAUACUAAUCAAUUCUCAUCAAAUUCUUCUCAUGAUUUCCAUAAAUUGAUAAUAAUUCAUAGUGUUGUUCUUUCUCUUUAAGUAUAAUAGUAUGCAUACCACAUUCAAAAAGAAUUGCCAAGAAAAUUUUGUAUGUAUACAUUAUUGUUUGCCAGGUUAUUUUUGUUUUUACGGAUACUAAAUUUACUUGCAAAGAUUGAAGGACACUAAGGGCCUUGAGGAGAAGCUACAUAGGGCCAGGUUUUGGCUGCAAAAUUCUUUUGCUGUAUUGUAACAAAAGUAAUACUUAGAAAGGCAAACAAAUUGCAAUCUGUAUUUUUGUACGAACAUCCACGUAAGAGAGCUAGUUUGUGUUUAACAGUAACACCGUCGGUGUGAUGCUGUAAUGUCUGAAAUGCAGUCCCAACAGAAUGUAAAUAUACAGUAUUUAUGCCAAGUCCACAUUGUCACCAUGCCCACAUGAUAAAUAUGUAUGUACAUGUAUAUAUAUUAUAUAUAAAUGUUGCUGUGAAUCCAUCUUUUCUUUCGAAACCGAUCCAGGUGCUUUUGAAUCAACAAAAUACAAAUGAAUCUUGACAUGAAUACGUGCUUACACGAUACACGUUAUUAUUUUUUUUUGCAGCACUUGCGAAUCAUUAAUGAGUAUCCAGAACAAAAUGUACAAUAGUAUUACAAAAGAACAAUUAUCAGUCGUGCUUGUUUGCAAAUUCUCUCUCCAAUUUGUAUGUUGCAAUGACACUAAUAUCUGUACUCCUUUCUGUGUAGUCAGUUGUUAUUAAUAGUGUCUAGAAGUUAGCAUUACAUUUAAAGCUGCAAUUGCUUAUGGCACUGAAUCAGUGCUCUACUAUACUAUACAUAACACACCAGAGCCAUUCUGCACAAUGUGACAUCCUAUGCUUGUGCUGUACAUACAUGUAUCGAGCAUGCAAUCGCUCCAGAUAAUUAUGUAAUAAACUUUCGUAUCCAA